AUGUCUGCUACCACCACCAUGAAAGUGCCUCACCUAGGGGGUAUCACCGCUGGCUACAGAAUGUCGGGAGACAAAUAUGAUGCCACAAAGCCAACGUCGGUGCUCAUAAACUCCAUGUGCACCACUGUGUCGUUGUUCGACGAGAUGUUUGCCAAUACUAGACUGAGAGAUACAAUGAAUCUUCUAGCCAUAGAGCCCUUGGGACAUGGUGCGACGAGUUGUCCCUCUGAGCAUUUCACCUAUUGGGAUAGUGCUAUAAUGGCACUUCAGGUGCUGGAAUAUCUAGGCAUUGACAGAGCUUUUGCACUUGGGGCAAGUCAAGGUGGAUGGAUCGUCGUCCGGAUGGCAUUGUUAGCACCAGACAGGAUACUCGGGCUUAUGCCGACCGGAACUUCAAUGGAUAGCGAAUCGGAAGACUCACGUAGUAAAGGCGCUUGGAAUCCCAAACCACUGCUUAUUCCAUUCGUUGAAAAAUGGUGCAGCAUGACCCCCACACCAGACUUUGUUAUUGACGAUGUCUGGUGUGGGAUGGUUGCCGAUCUUGGAUUCCCAAAAACUUUUUCCGAAAAACAGCUCCAAUUCUGGAACUCUACACUGAAGUCUGUGUAUAAUGGAGACAAGGGUAGAAAGAAAGUUAAGGGUGCUCUAGUUUGUCUGCUUGAGAGAGAUGGCCUCCUAUUAAGGAUAAGAGAUAUUAAGUGCCCCGUGUAUUGGUUACAGGGAACUCAAGACAUACCAUUUGGCGUAAUACUUGCAAAGGAACAGAUUAGACUGUUCACAUCCUCUGAGGAGGCCAGACUGGACAUCAUUGAAGGGGGUAGCCAUUACCUUAAUGCAUCAAAUCCAAUCGAAGUCGCUGAUAAAUUACUGGAACUGGUGAAAAGUUAUACACAAGUGUAG